GCCUUCCCGCCCCGCCUCCGCGGCAAGCCGCUCCCUUCCCACCCCGCCCGCGCCCGCCGCCCGCCUCCCGGGCACGCGCUGCACGAACGGCGCCCGGAGCUGCUCUAGGCAAACACCUGUCCUGCCUUGGCUCCGCGAGAUUUGGGGCGAAAGCUUAGGCAACAGGGGGCACGUUCUCGCGAGGUUUAGGAAAUUUCCCACGGCCGUGUUGUGUCUGAGCCGAGUAGUGGAAGGCGGUGGGAAGGAGGUGUAGCGUGAGACUGGACUGCCCGCAUUAGGUACAUGCGCAGUGCCGCUCGCGCGGGCCGCGCCAAUCCUGCAGCGCCUUCAACAGGUUUCGGGCGGCGAAUUCCAGUUCUCCGGGUUUUGGGGCUCCCUGCGGGAGGCAGUGCUGGAUCUGGGAAUCUCUAGGAAAGGAAAGGGCAAAGGAGGGGAAAGAUGGGGGGCUGCAGGUAGGAGGAGGGGGCGGGGUUCGGGCCCUUCACCCUGCUGUUCCAUGCCCAGUGGGGCCAGGUUUGCCCGGGGGCUUCCGGGAUCAGGCCGCCUGAAGCGCGAUUCGGGCAGCCAGCAGCGUCCUCGGCUGUGCCAGGCCCUCAGGUGGCCCGGUUCCCUGUGCAGUAGUGGUCUCAACACACACCUGGGCUCACACACGGUGGUGGCUGCGAUGGGGUCUUAGAGAGGCCAUGCAGCACGCGAGCGGCAAGAGCUUUGAUCGGGUCCUCUGGCCAGACUCGGAGGUGGGAGAAUGUGGCUCUCAAUUCCAAGGCAGUUUUCCCUUCUGGAAAGAACUACUCCGCGCUCUGGCGUGUGUCUGCGAGGUGGCCAUUAGGGGUGUCUUUGCUAGAGGCCUUGGCUUGACCUCAUUUCACACCCAAGGAGAACGCUAAGGCGAGAGAGCUCAACUGCAGAAGUUUUCCGCUUGAGGAGCUCUGGAAGGGCCUCCUCAUUAGCAUGGGGGGGUGUAACGAAUGAAGACAGUCCCCGACGUGUCACUUGCCCGAACCCCAGACAUCUCUGACGCUCCUGCACCAAACGCCGAGAUUAGCAUAAAGGAGGCGCCCAGGGAACGUUUGAAUGAAUGAAAACAGCUGGGAACCCAGAGUGAGCGGGAAGCCGCUUGGAAAACACCCAUUGAGGAGGUGUUUCAUCUAGGCCUGUGAAACGCAGCCCAUUUUCCCAGGACCCCUCCUCCCUUCUCCUCGGCCCCGCCUCCUGACCCCUCCAUUCCUCGUCCCCGUAGUAAUCCCCUCCAGUUUUCCUCAGUCUCCACGUACGUCCCUCAAGGCGCGUCCCAAAACCCGGAUAACCGGAGCGCUCCCUAUGGACCACACGGAGGGCUCGCCCGCGGAGGAUCCGCCUGCGCAUGCUCCAUCGCCUGGGAAAUUUGGUGAGCGGCCUCCACCUAAACGACUUACUAGGGAAGCUAUGCGAAAUUAUUUAAAAGAGCGAGGGGAUCAAACAGUACUUAUUCUUCAUGCAAAAGUUGCACAGAAGUCAUAUGGAAAUGAAAAAAGGUUUUUUUGCCCACCUCCUUGUGUAUAUCUUAUGGGCAGUGGAUGGAAGAAAAAAAAAGAACAAAUGGAACGCGAUGGUUGUUCUGAACAAGAGUCUCAACCGUGUGCAUUUAUUGGGAUAGGAAAUAGUGACCAAGAAAUGCAGCAGCUAAACUUGGAAGGAAAGAACUAUUGCACAGCCAAAACAUUGUAUAUAUCUGACUCAGACAAGCGAAAGCACUUCAUGUUGUCUGUAAAGAUGUUCUAUGGCAACAGUGAUGACAUUGGUGUGUUCCUCAGCAAGCGGAUAAAAGUCAUCUCCAAACCUUCCAAAAAGAAGCAGUCAUUGAAAAAUGCUGACUUAUGCAUUGCCUCAGGAACAAAGGUGGCUCUGUUUAAUCGACUACGAUCCCAGACAGUUAGUACCAGAUACUUGCAUGUAGAAGGAGGUAAUUUUCAUGCCAGUUCACAGCAGUGGGGAGCCUUUUUUAUUCAUCUCUUGGAUGAUGAUGAAUCAGAAGGAGAAGAAUUCACAGUCCGAGAUGGCUACAUCCAUUAUGGACAAACAGUCAAACUUGUGUGCUCAGUUACUGGCAUGGCACUCCCAAGAUUGAUAAUUAGGAAAGUUGAUAAGCAGACCGCAUUAUUGGAUGCAGAUGAUCCUGUGUCACAACUCCAUAAAUGUGCAUUUUACCUUAAGGAUACAGAAAGAAUGUAUUUGUGCCUUUCUCAAGAAAGAAUAAUUCAAUUUCAGGCCACUCCAUGUCCAAAAGAACCAAAUAAAGAGAUGAUAAAUGAUGGCGCUUCCUGGACAAUCAUUAGCACAGAUAAGGCAGAGUAUACAUUUUAUGAGGGAAUGGGCCCUGUCCUUGCCCCAGUCACGCCUGUGCCUGUGGUAGAGAGCCUUCAGUUGAAUGGCGGUGGGGACGUAGCAAUGCUUGAACUUACAGGACAGAAUUUCACUCCAAAUUUACGAGUGUGGUUUGGGGAUGUAGAAGCUGAAACUAUGUACAGGUGUGGAGAGAGUAUGCUCUGUGUCGUCCCAGACAUUUCUGCAUUCCGAGAAGGUUGGAGAUGGGUCCGGCAACCAGUCCAGGUUCCAGUAACUUUGGUCCGAAAUGAUGGAAUCAUUUAUUCCACCAGCCUUACCUUUACCUACACACCAGAACCAGGGCCGCGGCCACAUUGCAGUGCAGCAGGAGCAAUCCUUCGAGCCAAUUCAAGCCAGGUGCCCCCUAACGAAUCAAACACAAACAGCGAGGGAAGUUACACAAACGCCAGCACAAAUUCAACCAGUGUCACAUCAUCUACAGCCACAGUGGUAUCCUAACUACCGUCUUUUUGCUGGGACUUAAACUGACUUGAGUGUGGCAAAAAGUUAACAAAAAAGGAGAAAAAAUGAACAAUCGUUUGUGGUUUCUUGGGAAAACUUUUCAUACCAGGUGAUACUAUUCAAAAACCCCGUUGUCUCCCUGCAAGUGCUGAUUUGAAAUGCAGAAGCCACAGUAAAAAAAAAAAAAAAAAAAAGAAAAAAGAAAAAAAAAAAAAGAAAAAAAUCAAAAUGUAUAAAUAUUGGAAAUCAAGUUUUUCAGCUGUUUUGUUGGUUGGUUGGUUGGUUUUUGUUUGGUUUUGUUUAAAUGGGCAAGAAGUAAAUAAUGUGGCUGGAAUACAAGUUGAACAAACUAGAAGACACAAAUCUAACAUAGUUUUUAUGGACCAAGGAACUUGUAUAUUGUAUAAGCUUUAGUAAAAGGUACAUUUUCACCAUACCUUUUUUUAUAUCACGGUAUUAUAGUACACCUUGUUACCAAAUAGGUUGUUCUCUUCCCCACCCACCUUUGAGCUUUUGCUCUAAAAUACAUUCAGGUUCCAAGCCUGACCAUCCUUGUUUAAUCUAUCAUACUCUUCCAGGUUUUUUUUUUUUUGGUCUAAGGCUGGAACUUUUUUCUUUUUUUUUCAGCUGAAGUCUUAUGACUUUUCAUGAGUCAAAAUUGUUUGGAUUUCAGCAAGUCAAAUCUUGUAAAGGCCUGCAUAUUUUUUUUAAGAUUAUAUGAAGUCUGUGCAAAAGCUUUAAAAAAAUGCCUCUGCCUUGCCUGCAAUACAUGCAAUGUAUGUUAACUUAGUCUCUCUUCUCAGACACUGUUGGUAGUUAUUUCUGUGUUUUCCUUUUUUUUAAAAAAAAUAUGGACUUAUUGUGGUUAUCCAAGAGGUUCUAACAUUCACAUGCAAUUUGGUGUGGCCAUUUAGCUAUUAAUGAGUUAAUGGCGCAGAACUUGUUGAUAUUUGAAGUGUUCUCUCCCCUUUUCCCAUGACGUAAAUACAUAUGUGUGUUCCAGGAUUUGUUCAGGUUUUUCCCCGCUCCUAAUCUUGUACAUAACUUGUAUCAUGUGUAAGUUAAACAUUUUAUUUUGAACUUGGAAUGUUCCCAGUGAUUUCAUUCAGCAGGGUAUUUUCUGCCUUGUUGGCAAGUGACAAAAAAUAUGGGAAGUAUUUGCUACCAGUUGGUAGAUGGUGCCCUUAUGGUAGAAUGAGGAAAAUGUCAGCAAAAGCAUGUUUUAUUAUCUUUACUUUUUUGGGGGGUUGGAGGGGGUAGCCUAGCCAGAACAUCAUUGUAAUCUUAAAACAUAAGAUGCUUUUAUUAGAUGAUCAACUAAAAUAGCUGGAAGACCGUACUUUAGAAACAGAUAGUUGUAAGAUUAUAAAAUGCAAAUGUAACUUAUGUUUUCAUUUUUUUCUCUGCCUUUUUUGUUUGUUUGUUUUCUCUUUUCCAGUACUGAGCAUCUCCACAAAUGUCUCCUAACUCAGAAAAUGUUUCUUUUCUUUUCAGUUGAGAUUUGGUUGCAUUCAGGGUUGUAGGUUGGCCUUGCUUGCUAACCCCGCCGGUUUUACCAUGCUUUCAUUCCUGAACUUUGUUUAUGCCUUUGUUUGGUUUCUUCAAAAUUGCAGCAGACUCACUGGGCUACAUUUAGUACAGGAACCACGUGUGUGAUGUUAUACAACACAGUCUAGUAAUACAAUCAUCCCUCUUAGAGUAAAAACUACCUCUAGAUUGUGGUAAGCUUUUACUGUCCCAUAAAACAGGAGCCACAGUACCUUAUGAAUGCAAAACUGUAACUUCCUACAGUGUUUCCCUACAGAACAUUGUCUUUCUGGUGUCCUGGGCUGUUUUGAAAAAGUUUCCAUUAAUAGACUUUUUAGAAAUUAUUAUUAGUAGCAUUUUUUUUUCCAGCUUUGCUGUCUUCAUCACUCACUCUAUGCUCAGACUAUGCCACUGUAAAUAUUCUUCCUAACAUCUUUAAAUCGCCUUUUCCUCGGUUUUCAAGGGGAAGGUCAUUUAUAAAGCACGUUAGGUGGUUAAAUCAGUUAUUGCGGUUUUCUCUUACUGCAAGCCUUUUUAAUCACCCCCAGGCUGCAUUUUAUUCUAUAUCGCCUUUUUUCUUCAAAUCUGCUCCAGUCACUCACUUGUCUCUUAUAAGCUAAUCCUGCCUCACACCUUAAAUCUGUUUCAGUGAUCAAGGGCAGAACUCAUUGUGGCCUUAUCUUUCUUUGUUGUAACUGUUCACCGUCUCUUUCUUACAGACCACUUAUUUCUGAGUAGUAGUUAUUCCUCUCUAUGGAGUCAUGGCAGGAGUCAUUACACAGUGCUUUUGUUCAGAGCAUGGACAUGUUCCUAGUGCUGCUUUGCUUUAACGGCCACAAGUUUCCUCCACUUCCUAGGUUUGGUAUUUAGUUAAGGAAUCAUAUUAAAUUAACCAAUAACAAAAGAGAUACUUUUGAAGAACAAACUAUUCCUUACCCAUUUUUGUAGCUCAAAAAUACUUUUUUAAGUUCAUGACCUUAUUAAAAUGAACUUGUGCUUUUUUAACAAACGUUUAUGUUUUAUUUUGUUUCUUUCCGUAAGAUAAUUGAAAUAUUAUACUGUAAACCCUUUUCUUUUUUUGAAAAGUCCAAGAAUGUACUUAUACAGGCAUUUUUCCUCACCUAUUUUUGGCCAUUCUCAUACCACAGACUAAAGAGUGAAAUGAUUUGUCCAUUGUAGCUUAUUGUUUAUCAGUAGUUCUUUUGUCAGCUGCUUACAUUUUUUCUUUCAUGGUUUUGUGAAUCAUUUUCGGUAUGUAAUUUAUAGGAACCUUGUCCUCUGGUUAUAGUAGACUGUGUGCCCUCCUCCAGUGAUGGCAUUAUUAGACAUGCUGGUCAUUGACCCUCAGAAAGACUCUCUUAUUAGAAUGGUGAGUGCUUCAGUUAUAGUAUGUUUGAAUUUUUAAAAAAUUCUGUUUUAGAAAUGUAUCUUAUGCUCUCAUGACUCUAUGCAGUUUCUAAACAUACACAUAGAAGCUGAGUCUGAUCCAGUAUGUUUUUAUUUGUUCCAUUUAAUUUAUCACAUAGAUUGGGAAGGCAAGCUAAAAGCCUUAAAAAUCCCCUUUAUAUUUUGAGUGAUUUCAGCGUUGAACACUAGUAUACUAUCUAAAUUUGCUGCUCACUUUCUUUAAACUGUGGCAAUUAAAGGCAUGCUUAUACAUGACUUAAUCGUGAAAUGUUUGUCACUCUUACUGCACAGACUUAUCUGCAAUCAUAACUGGUUUUUUUGUUUUGUUUUAUUUUAUUGUUUUUAAUGAAACUGGUACCAUCUGUGCUUUCACGAAAAACUUCCAAUGCCAUUUUUGAGAACUAACCUAACUAGUCAUGCUAACCAGAAAAUCCACUGGGGAGGAGGUUCCUUUUGAAACAAAAUGCUGUUCAGUUAGUAACCAAGUUACUUUGAUUGCAAAAGCAGCUGUGUUUCUGAUGAGUACUGAACAAAUGUGUGUAAUUUUCUGUGCCAGACUUAUGACUUUGUUUUCAAGCACUGUAAUGUGGGAUGGAUGGUUAGAAACAAUAAUAUAUUAGGGUUUCUGUUUAACCCUUUCAGGACUGAACUGUAUCUCCUUUUGUUAAUUUUCCCCUGUGUUGUGAUAAAUGUUUGCCAGCAUUCAGUACUGUGUUGGUCCAGAUGUAGGUUUAUAUGCUCAUUUUUAGCUUAUUUCUUGUACCUUGCAGCAUGCUCUACGCAUUCAGUCCUUAAGGGGUUUAUUUUACAAACUGUGCGCCUGUAAGGUUUAUUAGCAAUAAGAUAGAAAAUUGAGCAAGUUUAUACCAUAAUUUUGUAGAAAAAAAGAAUCUGCUCAGUUCCAUAUUUCAUCCAUGAAAAACUUGCAAUACGAGCAGUUUCAAGGAAUAAAUAAAAAGGAAAUGUAAACCAUUGUAAAA